AUGCCUCUGGUCCUGUUUCGUCCCUAUCAGCAGGCUGAGUGGUACUGCUUUCCCCAUUAUUUCGGGCACAAUAUCUCCAUUCGUCUCCCUUUCACGCCCCCUCCCUGUCCGCCUAUCCGAACACGCUCAAUACCUCCCUCUCCUUUCUCUUUCCCUCCCCUCCUCCACCCUUCGACUUCUCCCCCUUUCACUCCCUCAAACCCUCCUCCCCCCCUCCCUCCUCCUCCCUCUCCCCCCUCGCCUCCUCCUCCCUCCCCCACUCCCUCGUCCCUCCCCCCUUCCUCCCUCUUCCCCGCUCCCCUCCUCCUCCCUCCCCCCUUCCCUCUUCCCCUCUCUCUCUCCCGUCCCUCUUCCUCUCCCCCUCCUCUUCACUCCCUCUUCCUCCUUCCCCUUUCCCGCCCCCCCUCCCUAUUCCACUCCCUCCCUCCCCAACUCCCCGCCUUCCUCCUCCCUCUUUCCACCCUCCUCCCCCUCUUCCCCUCCCUCUUCCCCUCCUCCUUCCCCUCCCUCUUCCCCUCCUCCUUCCCCUCCAACUUUCCCUCCCCUCCCUCUCCCCUCCCUCUUCCCUUUUUCCUCCUUUAA